AUGAGAGGAAAAAUAAAUUUGACCGGUUUUUCUUGCUGGUUUGUGGUGUGUUUGAUUAGUGUUGUGCUCGCCAAAAAUGUGGAUAAUUUAAGGGCUAAAAGAACUGCGGCUGAGGGUAGUUGUGACCAUGUAGGACAGUUUUUUAGUUUGAAGAAUAUCACUGUCUCCAUGGUGGCUGCUAAAGGUGCCAUCUGCGGAGGACAAUGUUGCGACGACAGGACAGAGACCCUAUUAAGGAAACAGGGCCAAAGGGAUUUUGCUGCCCUGUUACGUCACAACUCUCGGUCUCUACAAGGACUGCUCACCUCUACAGCGACAACUUUGCAAAAUCACGUAUCAGAAUUGGCCCGGCAAUCAGAAAACAAAACGCUGCUUCUGUUUCUCCAAGUUUAUCGAGGCAUGGCGAGCCUUUCCCGAGAGCCAAUCGAAGCGUUAUAUAGGGAUAUUAGAAACUACAUAUGGAUUAACUCCACUGACGCCAAACCGUCAGUAAGUCCAGAAGAAAUCGUUAACAGCGUUAACGUUUUCUUUACGGAAUUAUUUCCAUUGGCAUAUCAUCAUUCCGCAGACAUUCCGGAUAAGGAUUUCACCUUAAACUAUAAGGAAUGUUUGAAAAAGUCAAUUGAUAGCAUAUCACCCUUCGGAGAUAUCCCCAAGCAAAUGGAACAGUCCUUAUCCAAAAGUCUGGAAGCCACUAGGCUUCUUUUGCAGGCUUUCAGAAUAGGAUCUGAGGUGUUAAACACCACAGAUACACUUUUAAUCGACGAACAUUCUAGUGAUAAUUCCGAAUGUCACGAUGCUUUGCUCAAAAUGACUUACUGCCCUAAAUGUCUAGGUUUGUACAAGCAUGCAAAGCCUUGCAGCGGGUAUUGUUUAAACGUUUUAAGGGGUUGCAUAACUAAAUAUGUGGCUGAAUUGGAUUUGCCUUGGAACGGAUAUGUCGAAGGCAUUGAAAGUUUGGUGAACGCCAUGAAGAAGAGCAGUAAUGAUGCCGAUAUUAAUGUUGAUGCUGUUAUCAGGAAUUUGGAUAAUAAAAUAUCAACGGCGAUCAUGAGGUAUAUGGAAAAAGGAAAGGAUAUUGAUAUGAGGGUGAAGAAAAUCUGCGGCACGCCGGAAUUUUCCCACAAAGAAAAUCCACUUUUGGCGGAUAGCAGUACACCAUAUCCAACGCCGGCUAGCGGUAAACCGCGGAAUACCAAUCCCAGAAACUUUUCGCCUCUUCCCGAGAACGAACUAACUCACUUUCUGGCCGCUAUUGGAAAAACGAAAGGAUUCUAUGCGAAUUUAGCGAAUACCCUGUGUCAGGAUGAGUCCUUUGCCGAAAGGAAGGAUCAGCAGUGUUGGAACGGUGAAAGAAUUGCAGAGUACACAAAAACCGUAGUCGACGUGGGUUUCGAUAUGCAAAAAUACAACCCGGAAGUGAAACCGAGCACAAACAUACAGAGUAUCGAUCCGAGAGUGGCUAAUUUGGUUGACAAACUGCGGCGUGUACAUCAUAUCGCGGUCAAUUCUUUAGGUCCCAACUACUCUGUUGAUGCAGACUACAUGCAGAGAGAUGGAACAGAAGGAUCGGGAUCUGGUAAUGGUCCUGAUAUGGAGGAAGACGAAGAUUACGUCAGGGGAUCUGGGUCAGGAGAUGGACACGUUCACGAGGAAGAUGGUAUGUCCCGCAGCGGCCUCCCACCGACAGUGGAUUCCAAACCUCCAACAAGCUACGAUCAACCUCCGACAGUGACCAAAGUUGGAUCAAGCAGCAACGCUGCCCUCCCAUCAGUGAUUUUAGUGAUUUUGGCUGUAUUAUCGUGGAAUUGCGUUAAUAGAAGACUUUAUAUGUAA